AUGGACGUGGAUCCUUGGAUGUUACGACCCAGUCGUCCCGCAGAGGCGUCGGUUUCCGGCGCCGGAGGACGUGCCAACGACUCGCAGCUGCCUCGUGAGCCGGGCGUCUCGACACGUCAUCGUCCGGCGGCGGAAACCCCGCCCUGCGGGAGAGAUGAUUGGGAAAGCCCAUCGACGACGUCGACAAGCCGCGGCGGCUCGCCCGGGCAGCAUCAGCAUCAGCAUCAGCAUCAGCAUCAGCAUCAGCACCAGCACCAGCACCAGCACCAGCACCAGCAUCGAGAUGGCGUCGGCCAAGGUGCCGGUGGCGCAGAGGCCGCGGAUGCCAAGAAGCCCAGGGCCUGCGAGGCCUGCCGCGGACUCAAGGUCCGGUGCGAACCUGGUCCCGGCGACGGCCCCGGCCCCUGUAAGCGAUGCAGCAAGGCGGGGAGGAGGUGUGUCGUGACCGUCGCCGCGAGGAAGAGGCAGAAAAGGACGGGUAGUCGGGUGUCGGAGCUCGAGAAGAAGAUUGACGCCCUGACGGCCAGCUUGCUGGCUCGUACGGCCGCGCCGCCCGGCCCUGUCGAAUCUGGACCGGCUUCUCGAGCGAGCAUUGCCUCGGCGAGCCAAAGCCGGGACCAUUCUCCUCCUCCUCCUCCUCCUCCUCCUCCUCCUGCGGCAGCCGGCCGUAAACGAAGGGCUUCGUCGUCGUCGCCGUCGUCAUCGCCGUCAUCGGACUGCAGGGCCGUCGAAACCGAGGCGUCCCCCGCGACCGCGACCGCGACCGCGACCGCGACCGCGACCGCGACCGCCCGGCCCUGGUCGACUCCACGACCCGACAUCGUCGACCGAGCCGUCAUAAGCGCCGAGCGGGCGGCAGAGCUGUUCCGGCGCUACAGGGAGCAGAUGGCGCGGCACCUGCCAGCCGUCGUGUUCCCCCCCAGCACGACGGCCUCGGACCUCCGCCGAUCCCGGCCGCGCCUGCUCCUGGCCAUCAUGGCGGCGGCCUCGGGCGAGACGCCCGGCCUCCAGCGCCUCCUGCACAGGGAGCUGAUGCAGCUGCUCGCCGAGAGCAUCGUCGUCGUCGGCGACAAGAGCCUCGAGCUGGUGCAGGCGCUGCACGUGGCCGUCAUAUGGUACCGGCCCCCCGAGCACCUGGACGGGCUCAACUUCUACCAGCUCGUGCACAUGGCCGCCGUCAUGGCCCUGGACCUCGGGCUGGGCCGCAGGCGCGCCUCGGCGAGACGCGGCACCCCCAUCGACCCGACGAGCCUGGAGUGCCGGCGGGCCUGGCUGGCGUGCCACUUCCUCGCCGCCAACGCGGCCAUGUCGCUGCACCGCCCGAGCCUGGUCCGCUGGACGCCCUUCAUGACCGAGAGCCUGGAGCUGCUGGCCACGUCGCCCGAGGCCGGCCCGACCGACGCCUACUUCUGCCACCUGGUCUGGACGCAUCGCAUGGCCGAGGACAUUGGCCUCCAGCUGGGCGCCGACGACCCGGACGCGCGCCCGAGCAUCACGGACGCCGGGACCCAGCGCACCCUGAGAGGCUUGGAGACAGCCCUGGACGAGUACAUUGCCUCGGUGCCGGGAGGCAUGAUGCAGCCCACGCUCAGAAUGGGAUUGAGCAUCUUGAGCCUCUACAUGCACGAGCUGGCGCUGCACUGCGACGGCCGCGUCCAGGAUGACGACGACGACGACAACAACAACGACAACAACAACAGCAGCGGCAGCGAGCCCUUACGAAGCACGGUGCAGAUCAACGCCCUGUCGGCUUGCCUCGCCGCCAUCGACAGCCUCUUCCAGACCUUUCUCGCCAUGGACGUGGCGUCCAUCCGGUGCCUGCCCGUCUUUACCUUUGUACGGGUCGCCUACGCCGUCGUCGUCCUCAUCAAGAUGCACUUUUCCGCGCCGAGCCGGUCGUUGCCGUCAUCAUCAUCCCAAUCAUCAUCAUCGUCGUCGUCGUCGUCGUCGUCGGAGCCGGGCAAACCCGUCGGCAGGGACGACCUCCGCGCGGCGUACUACAUCGACGCCCUGCUGGAAAAGUUCGCCGCCGCCGCCGCCGGCGACCGGUGCCGCCCCGCGUCCAAGUUUCUCCUCGUGCUCGCCAUGCUAAGGACCUGGUUCCUGCAGCACGGCGAGAAGCUCCGCGCCUCUCCACCCGCCCGCGUCGCCAGCCGGCCCGGCCUGCCGUCGUCGUCGUCGUCGUCGUCGUCGUCGUCGCCCGCGCCGUCCGUGCCGCACCACCACCUCCAGCAAGACCAACCGGCCGACAGCACCCCUCUCCAGGUGCUGUCCGAGGUGGCCACGCGGCGGGAUGCCAGCGUCCCCCGCGCCUUGUACCCCUGCUUCCUCCCGGGCGGCGGGCAAGCCCCCCAGACGGCGCAUUCCGACCCGCCGGGGCCGUUUGCUCCUCCGCCGCCACCCAGGCCCCAGCAGCAGCAGCAGCAGCAGCAGCAGCAGCAGCAGCAGGGCGUGCCCGAGGGGCCGGCAUACGCGGCGAUUGACCCCUCCGCCGGCUUCAAAUUCGGAGGCUUGGCCGCUUCGCCAGCCCAGUCGGGCGAUUGGUACGGCGGGGGGGCCAGGAUGGCCCUGAGCGAUCCUCUGUUUGGCGACUUGUUUCACGCCUUGCCUGACUCGUCUUUUUUCUCUUUUUGA